AUGGCUGCCACUGCCGCUCUCUCCAGCACCUUCGCGGGCGUCGCUCUUCCCAGCCUCCCCGCCAGGAAGACCGUCUCCGCGACCCGCAGCCUGAAGGUGACCGCCAGCGGUGGCAAGAAGAUCCAAACCAAGACCCCCCUGGGCCCCAGCGGUGACUACAAGUUCAAGGUGGACCCCUCCGGCUCUCCUUCCAAGGGCAAGGGUGCUUUCAUCUUCGCCAAGAAGUACGGUGCCAACGUCGAUGGCUACAGCCCCAUCUGGACCCCAGAGGAGUGGUCCGCGAAGGGUGACACCUACGAGGGUGGCAAGGCUGGUCUGCUCCUGUGGUUCCUCACCUUCGGCGGUCUCCUCGCCAUCGGUGCGCUCCUCAUCGUCAACACGAGCGCCAUUGCCUAA